GGUUGGGCGACCCGAGUAUGCGGGUAGGGUUCGGCAGGUUGGGCCGAACGUUACUCCUGUUCGCGGGACUUGUUUCUCGUAUAGGGGUCGCACACGGGGGGGACCGGCCGAGGGCACUUCUCAGGAUUGGGCUGCUCACAAAAUUGCGGAGUUGGAGGGCAUAGUGCGGGCCGAGAGAGAGCGGGCUGACAGCAUGGAGCAGCGCAUACGACAGAUUGAUGAUAUGGAGCAGCGCAUGCGACAUUUUGAGGCCUUCAUGUCCUCUACAGGAUUAUCGUUCGUAUGCCCUGGUGCUCAGCAGUCUUCACCUGCACACGUCGGUAGUACGUCAUCUGUUAGUAGUGCGCCUGCAGGUAAUGCGACAACGGUUGGUCCGUUGUCGCCUUCUGGACAAUUGCUGACCCAACAAUCCCCUCUCGGGACUCCUUCGCCCGUUACACCAUCUCUUGCGGGACAAUCGACAGUAGUGCGUAUGACUUAUACUCCCAGAAGGGAACUUUUUGAAGAUGCGAUGGUGGCUGACUUGGCCUUCUUGACAAGGACACUCGUUGGUGGAAGUGGAAUACUUCCUUGCUUGCCGAAGUGA